AUGUCCCCAUUGAACGUCGGUAUAGUUGGUACAGGUAUUUUUGCCAGAGAUAGACAUCUCCCAUCCUACCAGGAAUUUCCUGACAAAUUCAAAGUCAUUGCCGCCUUCAACAGACAUAAGGCAAAAGCUUUGGAUUUUGCAAAGGUUGCUGACAUACCUGAAAAUAAGGUUUACGACAAUCUAGAUGAAAUUUUGAAUGACCCUCAUGUCGACUACAUUGACGCUUUGCUACCUGCUCAAUUUAAUGCUGAUAUUGUCGAGAAGGCAGUUAAAGCAGGUAAGCCAGUUAUUUUGGAAAAACCAAUUGCGGCCAACUUAGACCAAGCAAAGGAGAUUGUCAAGAUAGCAGAAUCCACCCCAUUGCCCGUUGGUGUGGCUGAAAAUUGGUUAUAUUUACCAUGUAUUAAAAUCGCAAAGGAGCAGAUCGAGAAAAUUGGUCCUGUAGUAGCAUUCACCCACAAUUCUACCGGUCCAUUUGUUACUCAAAAUAAAUAUUUGACCACAACCUGGAGACAAAAACCAGAGCACAUUGGCGGAUUUCUAUCUGAUGGUGGUGUCCACCAAUUAGCUCUCGUUAUUUCCCUACUCGGUGAAUUUGGAUCUGUUUCUGCAUUAACGAGACAGGUGCGUGAACGUUCCGGUGCAGAUGAUAUUGUCUUUGCUACUGUCCAGUUGAAAAAUAAAGAGGUUAUCGGAAGUUUUACUUAUGGGUCUGCCUUUGGUGCUACCGAAAAGUCGGUUUUCUUGAAAGUCUAUGGUAAGAAUGGUACCGUUACCGUUGACUUAUCAGACAAAAAAGACCCCGUUGUAAAAGUCAAAUUAGGGGGUUCAGCUGAAGAUAACGGUGACGAACAAAUUUUUAAAGUCGAUAAUGAUGAAAGUUUCGGCGUCAACGCUGAAUUUUUGAAUUUUCACGAAGCUGUCAGCAAGAAGGACAAAUCCUUAUACCUAGGCACACCCAGAACUGCAUUUCACCAUUUGGCUUGUGUGGACGCGUUUUUAAAAUCUUCUGCCAAGAAUGGUGACUACGUUAAAAUUGAGCAGCCAUGA